AUGUAUCAGCAACACACACUAAAGAAUUGCCCUUUACAACAACAGACUACAACCGGUUGUCUGAAGUAUAAAAAGAACAAAGCUCAACAGAUGAUUGUAUCCUUCUGUUCAGCAGAAAUGAUACAACUUUUAGGGUACGAUCCGACACUGAAAGAAAUCAAUGAAAUAUGGGAACUCUUGUUUCAUGACCAGACGACACCUUAUACGUUUGUACAGACACUCAUCCCUGUCAUUCAGAAGAAGAAGCUGAAACUGAAACGUAAGACGCUAUGUGUCUGCAUUCAUGAACAAGACAACACCAUUGUUUGUACAGAUAUCACGGAGAGCAGUCGAGGACAGCAACAGCAUCUUACUACUACGAAUACAGUUCAUAAGAAUAAGAAUAAUAAGCAUACGAUGAUCAUUACUCGAUUGACGCAGUAUGGUACAAUCGAUGCUAUUUUUCAUCUUGACGACAACUAUAGCAAUACAAUUAGAAUGGAUGUGGGUCAACCCAUCAUGAAAUACAUACAUACGGAUGAUCUACAAAGAUUUUGUGCAGGCCUUAGUCAAGCAACAAAAUAUUAUCGUACCUCGUCAACCUCUUCUACCGUCAUGAUUACGUUCUCAGUCCGAUUAUUAAAACCACUUCAGCAGCAGCAGCAACUAGACGAAAUUUCCUCGGCUACGUUCUUCAGAACAGAACUUACAGUGAUGACCAUUGAGAAUGGUAAGGUUCUCUGUUUCAUGCAGCCCCUUUAUCCUAUUACAAGCAGCAGCAACAGCAGUACGAAUAGUGCGAACAGUAAUAGCAGUAGAAUAGACACAGUAGCCGAAAGAGUGUCUGCACUGACUAUCAGUUCAAGCAAGAGCAUGAGCAGUGACAGCAGCCAUUAUUACCGCUACAACUACAAUGAUGAAGAAGAGGAGAGUGUCAACAAUGAAUACCACUAUUAUUACCUUUCUCAUAACCGUCUCCUUUUCGAUACAAUUUCGCACAUGCAAUGUAAAUUCUGGUAUGCAUUAGAACACGGCAUGCUUGCUGUAGCUCGACAUAUUGCCAACAUCUUGAUGGAUAUAUUGUGGACUGUAAUAGAUUAUGGUUAUGAUACCGUCCUAUUGGACUUACCCAUCUUUAUAAGAAGAUUUAUGACCACAGCAACAACAACAACAACUGCUAAUACUAUGCAGAAUACGAUGACUUGGAAGAAGAGUCAUCCGCCCUUUUUGCCGUUGGGAGUUGAAACUUUGUGCCAUGGAUUAAGUUGGUUAUUAAAAAAAUCGCCCACAAGAACCAAGACUUGGGUGGACUUUACUCUAGGUCAGACAGCGGAGUGGAUUUCGGCAAAAUCGGGUUUUGAUAUCACAUCUUAUUACCAACAUAUAUCAAACAACUGUAAUAAUACCGUCUAUUCAACAACUUAA